UCCACGCGGGCGUUCGCCCUUUCUUGGGUUCUUUACGAGAAGAACAAGAAAGAGAGCACAUAACGAAGAAGGAGAAAGAAGAAAGUUGCUGCCUCAGAAACUUACCGUGCACUACACACGCAACCACGAACGGCGGGUUUGUUUUGCUGUUUGGUCCUCCCGGCGAGAGGCUGACUAGGUGGAGAGGAGGACCGCGCCCUUUGGCGCGCCUGAGCGAGCGAGCGAGCGCCGCUGUCGGGCCGGCGCGCACACACUUUCUUCGUGGGCCUCAGUCGAGCGAGGUGCCCUCUCUCGAUCUGACGUGGUUCCGUACGUGAGUGCGUGCGUUGAGUGCCUUCGCUUCGGUCCCUUCGCCGGGCGUGCUUUGCCGUGUGUCUCGGUCGUCGCCGGGCCUGUUGAGAGGCCCGCCUGCCCGGCCUAGCAUCGCAGCUUCCACGCCGUGUACUCGGUUUCGGCAGUCGGAGAUUUUGGAGCGUACACGCCAGCCCACCCACGCCAGAAGCCUCGUGUCCGAACUCCUGGAUGAGAGCUGUUCCGGAAUGAGAGAGUGAGCUCCGGCAAUACAUCGUGCCGCGGUUACGUGUCACCGGGCGACGGGUGGAACGCUUGGUGGCGGAGACGGAGAGAGGCGCGCCCCGUCGCGCGUCGGUUUUGUGUGUGUGUGUGCGCGCGCGCGUAACGAGCGACCCGGCGGCGAGACGUCCCAGCCCGGCUGUCUGCUUUGGCGGGUUAAGCCUAAGGCAGGGUUGGGUGGCCCCGGGCUGGCAACUGACAAGUUGCUGGGUCACAGCAGAGCUUGGUUUUAAGCCUCAGUGGCUGGCGUAUUGUGCCUCUCAUCCUACACGUUAUGCACUCGCCGACGGCUCUUUCAUGACGGUGUUGUAACCCGAUGGAUCCUCUCGCCUCUUCGCCAUACACUGUGUGGACGGCUGCAUGCCUUCACUGUAGAGAUCUGGAAGAUGGAUUUAGAAUUCUACGCUGACUUCAGCGCCGUGGGUCACUACUCAGCCCAGACUUGUCUCAAAAGCAUGUCGGCGAGAAAGAACAAAGUGCCUAAACAAAUCAAGUUCCAGCUGGACCUUCCCACUCGGGGCGACCUGAUGGGGGGAGAACCCGGCAGUGGAACCCUGAUCGCGCCGGAGAACAUCAAGCGCGAGCUGCCCGACGACCUGCCACCGUCGUCGGGGCCUCGCUCCUUGGGCUCCAUGCAGAAGGUGCCCUCGCUCUCGGACCUCUCCGAAGAGAGCUCGCUCGAACUUCCAACGCAAGUGCCUCCUCUUACUCCUGGGACCAACCAGAAGAUGACGCAAGCCUUAACUGCUAGCUUCAGCAGUUGGGAGAAGGAGCGAGAGACGCUCAACAUUCCCAAAGACCCCCGGCAGUGGACGGAGAUGGACGUGGCGCACUGGCUGGGUUGGGCGAUCCGCGAGUUCAGCUUGGAAGGCGUCAACAUGCCCAGCUUCGCCAUGAAGGGCAAGGACAUGUGCGCACUCGGCAAGGAGUCCUUCCUUACCAGGUUCCCACCGUUCAUGGGCGACAUCCUCUGGGAGCACCUGGACAUUCUGCAAAAAGACGUGGAAAAGGAGUGCGCCUCGCUGGAGAACGUCCCGUCCAACCUGUACGAGUCUGUCUGCGUCCCUGGUCUGGACGAGUUCUUCCAGCAGGGAGGAAGCUUUCCGAUGCCGGAGCAAAAAGUCACGCCUGUCAUGAAUGGAGCCGCAGCGCCCACUUCGCAAGCCUACAUCGACGGAGGCUACAACCACAUAAGCGAGAGCCUUCAUACGUUGAACGACAUGAACCAGGAGGAGAUGGCGCUCGGUGGCCACAACUCCUACGACGAGUCCCAGGAGUACGGCCUCGAAACGCCGCAGUCGCACCCGCCCUAUUUGGACUCGAGUCCAGAGUUCUACCCUUCCACGUCCGCCGUCGUGCACGAAUCAAAGUUCCAGCCCACCUACACGACGAGCAAGGAGUAUUCCAGACCGAGGUACUCGCACCACGACAUGGGCCUCCCCGAGCGCUACACGGGCGGGCACCACUACGAGCCACCCUUCCAGACGGUCCCCACGGCCGUCCAAAGCGCGGCCGACCACUGGGCGGCCGCCGCCGCGGCCCACCAGAACGGCGUGGCAGCCGCAGCCGCGGCCGCGGCCGCAGCCAACGGCGGCGUCCCUCCGCCCCACCACCACCACCACCACCCGUCGUCGUUCGGGCCCCUGCACGCGCUUCGCGGCGACGGUCCUCUGGGGCACCUGAGUUCCGGCGCGCUGCAGCGAUCGCACCUUGUCGGCGGCGGCGACAGCAAGCCUGUCAUCCAAGCGGCCGUUUUAGCAGGUUAUUCUGGAAGUGGCCCGAUUCAGCUUUGGCAGUUCCUACUUGAGCUGCUCACUGACAAAUCCUGCCAAGGCUUCAUCAGCUGGACAGGCGAUGGCUGGGAGUUCAAGUUGACAGACCCGGAUGAAGUGGCCCGGCGCUGGGGCGUCAGAAAAAACAAGCCCAAAAUGAACUAUGAGAAGCUUAGCCGAGGCCUGCGCUACUACUAUGACAAAAACAUAAUCCACAAGACAGCUGGCAAGCGCUAUGUGUACCGCUUCGUGUGCGACCUGCAGACGUUGCUGGGCUACACGCCUGAAGAGCUACAUGCUAUGGUUGAGUUGAAACCUGAAAAGAAAGAUGAAGACUGAGCCAAUCAGCUUUGUUGCUGGAUUUUGUUCGAUUUGGUGUCUCGCGUGAUUUGAGGUCAUCAUAGGUGGUGUCGGUGACGUGUGUUCUACAGUGCGGACUCGCUGGACAGAUUCCUGCUCACCCAGUGUGUGUGUGCGUGUGUGGUGAACUGACGAGUGCUACAAGACAAGAGACUCUUUGUGAAAGCACAAACAUUUUAAAAACGCAGAAAGCGCUUUAAGAGCCUUUUCUUAGACGUAUUGAAGCAUAAGGAUCGCUGGUGGUCGUUGUACCCCGCCGCCUGCAAUACAGAGGUUACCUUUGUCUCACAUGGAGUUGAAGCAUUAGCCUUGCUCAAGCAAUUCACACUUCCAUCAAAUCCUCCUCCUGCCGAUGUGUAGCAGGGAGACAGCACUUGCCAGCUGUCAACGUCAGUGGUUCUUGUAUUUUUGUCUAUGUUGGAAGGUUGACCCUAUUGCUGAGAUGUUAAUACUUCUGUUUUUUAAGGAAAUUGUCUUAAUGGCACUUAACAUUUCAUCAAAGCACCACAGCGGUGCACUAUGCAAUGAGUGUUGAUGAGUAAAAUUGCAGUUACUCCCUGCAAGCAUUGUGCCCAGAGGGAAAGAUAUUCCCAGUAUCAUGCGAAGUCAAAUCUUUACCACAUGUCCUGUUUUUCAAUUUUAUGCCUUCAUUUGCCUAAAGUGCUUCGUGUAAUGUUUGCGCAAUACUUCUGGCUAUAUUUUUCUGCACAGAUGACAAAAUUUUGGUAGUAUGGCUUUACAAAAUUGAGUGAGGUGUAUCAAGGGUGUGCUGCAUUUUGAGAAGUUGAAGUUCUGUCUGGCAUUCAGCUGUUCAGUUUAUAUAAUAUGGUCUUUUUAUUUAAGUGAACAAUCUGGCCAGAAACACAAUUUUUUAUGUUCCUAAUUGGCUAUGUCAGCUGUCAUCUCAGUAACCAUAGCCUAAGAAGUAAAUUGAAUUAAUUUGUGAACUGGAAAGUCUGUGUGACUUCUGCUUCAAAAUGGCUGGGUAAAAAAAGUCCUUAGUUUAUUAUAGUGGUAGCUGUAGCUACAUUCUUUAAUGAGGCACCAUUCUGAUUUCUUCAGUAAUAUUUAUCUCUGAGAAAUGUGGCACCUAGCACUUGAGCACAUGAUGUGUAAACAGCUUAAAGGAAAGCUCAUUAUUUUAUCCUAAGCAAAAACUAUUAUUAAAGCUCAAUGUUGCCAAGUACCUUUUUUCGUCUUUUAUCUUUGUUUUAUAGUGCAUUAGUCACGCAGUCGUUAUUGUAGUCAUGAACAAGAAGUGUUCUUUUUUUCUUGUUGAAGCGUACCAAGCAAGAAGAUACAGCAAAAAGCCAAAGUAUUUCACUGUCUCAUCUGUUUGCUCUUGGGAGUUUUCUGUUUUGUUGCACAUGACAUCAACAUUUUGUCAUUUGUUUUCUUGUGCUUAUAAUCCUGAAUACCUGCCUGUCGAUGACAGCAAUUAUCUUUUUGCGUUGUCAUGGUGCCCAUCACGUUGCGACUUGGUUAAACUUGUACAUAAAUACAUGUAUAUUAUGAGCAUCAAAUUUUUACUUCAUGAAUGUAUUUUAUUAGUAACAUAGCUCGAUACGUCUUGCGGCAUUUAUUAGAGGUUAGGAAUAAAUAUAGGACAUGAGAUGACUUUAGGACAGAAGCUAUAUUAGAAUUGUGCAUUUUUCUCAGUGUAGUUGAACUGCACAAAAAAAGAGUGGAUGUGCAUUUUCUGUUGACGAUGAUUCCAUGUUGUUCAUGUGAUGUGAAUGACUUCCUCAAUAUAUAUCUUGCAGUGGCCGACAGGCAUCUACAGUGUUUUGUUGUCCAUAUAAAUGGUGUCUCAAUCAUAACACUUGUUGAAACCAAUUAUUUCGUCCCUGCUAUAACUUAUACUUUAUCCAACAACUUGAAUGCUUCUCUUGAAAGUGCAGUGUACAAAAAGUAUUAAGAAAGUGUGCCGCCAGUAUUUUGUCAUACCGAAACCUUGUGGAAGCAGUGCCUUAAUCUGUUUGUCUUCCAAAGAAGAUUUACAUAUAUUUAUACAAAGCAAAAUUUUUUAUAUGUUUGUGUGGCACAUCCCGAGUUGGAAGUGCAUGAACGGGAAUGUUUCACCUCUCUACUUCAUGUUUUUUUUUUCUUUCACGUUCACGCAUCUUUCAUGCGUUACCCGUUCAAAGCUGUGCGCAAGCCUUUGUAAAUUAUUUCCAGAGGUCUCUAUGCUUCUAGCAUGAAGAGAUGAUCUUUAUUUCUAUUUCUUUCUUUACUCCUCCUUUUGUCUUGUCAUUAUUUUUUCCUUUUUCGCUUGAAAAGCGUCUGAAGUGCAAGAUCUCAAUAAAGAAGAAAGCAUUACAAACUGCCCCACUGGAGGAUAAUUUACUGGGGACAUUGUGACAUCUUGUGAUCUGCUAUCUUCACAUACAUUUUUUUGCAGACUUGUUUGUAAUGUGAUUCAUUGUUCUCUCGUUUGCUUUACUUCGAAUGAAUGCAAUGUGCAACUUCUGUGGUCUACAGGAAAUAAAAUGCACAUACGAUUUUGAA